UGAAACAGAUUUGCUAGUGAUAACAUGUACAUGGUUAUCUAUGGGAUUGCUGGCUGCUUUCUGUCCAUAGCCUUCUCGUACUCUAACGGAACCCUCACCACUUUGGAAAAGCGUUACAAAAUACCCACAAAGAUCACCGGAGUCAUUUCGGUGGGAAAUGAUAUAAGCACAGUUUUCUCAUCGGCCUUCCUAGCUUACUACGCCGGUCGGGGACAUCGACCGCGAUGGAUAGCCUUUGGUCUUGUUAUUUUGGCGGUAUUCUGCCUGCUCAUGCCUCCCGCA